AUGAUUCCCGCCGCGACGUCGGGGCUGCCGUUCCUCGUCCUGGGAAUGUUCCUUUGCCGCCCGCUAGCUGGAAAGCCAGGCCAGGGAGCGACCACUUGGUCUCGCUUCGCCCACCUGCCUUUCCCGGACGACGCGCUCUUUCUCUACGACACGUUCCCUCGGGGCUUCCUUUGGGGGGCCGGGAGCUCGGCGUAUCAGGUGGAAGGCGCCUGGAACCGGGACGGCAAAGGGCCUUCGGUGCUGGACACCUUUGCGCACAGCCACGCGGCGUCUUUUCGAAACCCCGCCGAGCGACCCCUCGGCGACACGGCCAGCAGCAGCUACGACCACGUCGAGCGCGACCUGGACGCUCUGAGCGCCUUGGCGGUCUCCCACUACCGCUUCUCGCUAGCUUGGGCGCGCCUCCUACCUAACGGCACGGCGCCCGCCAAUUUUGCCGGCUUGCGCUACUACGCGCGCCUGCUCUCCGGCCUGCGGCAGCGUGGCAUCGAGCCCGUGGUCACCCUCUACCACUGGGACCUGCCCCAGGCCCUGCAGGACCUUUACGGCGGCUGGGAGAACCCGGUUCUCAUCGAACUUUUCUUGGACUACGCCCAGUUCUGUUUCCAGCACUUUGGCCGCCAGGUGCGCUACUGGCUCACCAUAGACAAUCCUUAUCUCGUGGCGUGGCAUGGCUACGCCACGGGUAAGCUGCCCCCGGGUGUGCGAGGCGGGCUGGAGGUGGGCUACAAAGUGGCGCACAACCUCCUGAAGGCCCAUGCCAAGGUGUGGCAUCUUUAUAAUGACAAUUUUCGUCCUGCUCAAAAAGGUCAAGUAUCAAUUGCUUUAAGUUCUCACUGGAUAAAACCUAAAAACAUGGCUGAAAAGAAUAUAAAAAGAUGUCAGAAAUCUCUUGACUUUGUGCUGGGCUGGUUUGCUAAGCCUAUAUUUAUUGAUGGAGACUAUCCUCAGAGUAUGAAACAUUACCUUUCCUUGACAUUACCAAAAUUCACUGAUGCAGAAAAGAACUUAAUCAGAGGGACAGCUGAUUUCUUUGCUCUUUCUUUUGGAGCCACAUUAAGUUUUCGUUUUGUGGAGCCAGACAUGCUGUUCCAACAGAAGAAAUCACUGAACCUGAGGCAGCUACUUUACUGGAUAAGCAGGGAAUAUAAUCCGUCACAGAUCUUCAUUGUGGAAAAUAGUUGGUUGGUUUCUGGAAGUAUAAAGACAGAUGACUCCAAUUAUAUGUAUUACCUUAAAAAUUUCAUAAUGGACACAUUAAAAGCUAUCAGAUAUGAUGGAGUUACGGUGAUGGGAUAUACAGCUUGGUCCCUUAUGGAUGGCUUUGAAUGGGACAAAAGCUACAUUCGACGGGGUUUAUUUUACGUUGAUUUUCAAAGCCAGGAUAAAAAAAUGAUAAUGAAAUCUUCAGGUUUGUUUUACCAAAAGUUGAUUCAAGACAAUGGUUUCCUCUCAACACCAGAAACCCAACCUUUUAAAGGAACGUUCCCCUGUAAUUUUGUUUGGGGGGUCACAGAAAGCUUUCUUCAGAUAGAUCCAACACGAUCUCAGUUUCUAAACCCUAAUAUUUAUAUAUGGGGAGUUCACCAAACCAAGGAUCUCAUUAAAAUUAAUGGAAGUGGUGUUCUGAAACGCAAGCCUCACUGUGUUGAUUUUUCUCAUGUCAGACUCCAAAUUUCUUUACUUCAAAAAAUGCAUAUCACACACUUUCAUUUUUCACUAGUGUGGUCUUUGAUCCUUCCUCUAGGCAAUCAGGCAAAUGUAAACCAAACACUUCUAUUUUACUAUCAGUGUUUUGUCAACGAACUCAUCAGAGUUAAUAUCACUCCUGUAGUUGCUUUGUGGCAACCUGAGGCUAAGAAUCAAGGGCUCCCUUUUUCACUGGCCAACAAUGGAGGAUGGGAGAGCCAACAUACUGUGGAAGCUUUUGUUGAGUAUGCUCAGUUCUGUUUUAAAAACUUUGGACAUCAUGUCAAAUUUUGGAUCACCAUGAAUGAACCCGAUGUGAAGAACCUGACAUAUAAAGCUGCACAUAAUCUCUUGAAAGCUCAUGCCAAAGCAUGGCACUUGUAUGAUAAAAAAUUCAGAAAGAUUCAAAAUGGUAAAAUAUCAAUUGCCUUACAUGCUGACUGGGUUGAGCCUGCCUGUCCCCUUUCAAAAAAGGAUGAGGAAGCAGCCAGGCGAGUUUUGGAAUUUGACAUUGGCUGGCUGGCAGAGCCAAUUUUCGGGUCUGGUGACUAUCCAGAAGUGAUGCGACAGUGGCUUCACCAAAAAAAUCAUCUAGGUUUUUAUAAUUUUCAAUUACCUUAUUUCUCAGCAGAGGAAAGGAAUCUAAUAUAUGGCUCCUUUGACUUCUUUGCUCUGAGUCACUAUACCACAACUCUUGUCGGUUCCGAAAAAGACAUUCCCAAAAAGUAUGAUGACCAUCUUGAUACCCAAAUAGUAAAAGAUUUAACUUGGCUGGAAUCACCCAGCCAAGUUCCAGUGGUGCCCUGGGGACUAAGGAAACUUCUCAAUUGGAUUAAACAUAAAUAUGGCAAUAUCCCAAUUUAUAUUUUAGCCAGUGGAAUCAAUGAUGAGAAGAAUGAGUCUCAUGACAAGUUAAGGAUAUAUUACCUGGAGAAGUAUAUUAACGAAGCCUUAAAAGCCUACACCUUGGAUGAUGUUAACCUCCAUGGCUAUUUUGUCUAUUCUUUCAGUGACAGAGGAGAUUCCAGAUCAUAUGGCCUCUAUCGUUAUGUGAUAAACAAGUAUGAGGCAAAACCUUCGCUGAUGUAUUAUAGGCAGAUAAUUGACAAUAACAUCUUGCCAGGCUCAGAAAGCCUAGAUCAGCUCUGCUCCAAAGAGAUCCUUCAUUGCCCAGAAUGUGAAUCUUUGCAACCCAGAAAAUUUUUAUUGGUGUUUAUAUUAUUCAUACUCUUUACUUUCAUUGUUAUUAUAUUUCUGAUGGCUUACUAUUCCAAGAAGAUUGAGAGACGACCCAAAUACCCUUAUCCAAUUCUUUGCCGCCUUUCACCUGUGUUACUGGGAGAAGUCUGGAAAUAA